CAACCACUAUGUAUAAGUUUAACCACGUACAUGUACUUGUUGACCACCUGAUAAUCUAAAUGCUAUCAUUCAAUCCGUUUUUGUCCCCAUUAUCCGAUUAACAUACCCGCCACGACUGCCUCGGUGCCUUGCACACCAUAUCCACCUCUUUUUGAAGUUUAAUUUCCUUUCUCUCUCAUAUUUAAAUGUUACCGAAUGAUAACAUACUUCCACCUAGUGGUAUAAAAAAGAAAAAUGUUGAGAAGGUUAUACAAAGGGGGGGGGGAAAAAAAAAAAUUAUAACACUGAAACUGAGAAUAUAUGGAAACUUAUAAAACAGAAAUUAAUAAAGAAUGGGCAAUGACAUCUCCCAUGCAAUCAUACAACCCAAUCCUCAAAAAAGCACUUCCAAAGUACCGACCCAAAGGGAUAUUUUUUUUCCAAUAAUCACGUUUAAUGUCCUUCAUUUAUAUGAAUCAUAAAUUGAUUCCCACACGCCACAAAUGCUUCAAAUUUCGACUGUGGUUUAAUCUCCCUUCCCUCUUUGCUUGAAGUUUGGCACAGAAUAGGAAAACCUACGCGACAAGUGGUUUAAUCCGUGUGGAGCAUAAUAGUAAUUGAGUUAUCACCUUUUUUAUUUUUAUUUUAAUAUUUUUUUUCUCUCAAAUUUAGAUAUUAAAGUUCCAGUCUUGGAGAUGUCAGACAAAAGAAGAAAGUUUCAUCCUUGGAAUUCCUAAAAAAGUUCCUGCACCGGUUCGUUAUUUCCGUUGCAGAGAGACGACUGGAAGACUAGUACGAGACUAUGAGUUAGGUAAAAGACUAUGCUCUCCGUCCCAGAACAGACACAGAGUCUGAACCAACAAGAACAUGCUCUCUGUCCCAGAAGUUCGGUCCAAGACUAUGCACUCCGUCUCAGAACAAACACAGAGUCUGAACCAACAAGAACACGUCUUGGCAAAACUUGCAAAAUGCAAUCAUCUCAACCAUCUGAAGCAACUCCAAGCCUUUCUUGUCACCCUCGGCCACUCCCAAACUCAGUUCUAUGCCUUCAAGCUUGUCCGAUUCAGUGUUCUCACUCUCGCCAACCUCUCGUACGCUCGCUUCAUAUUCGACCGUCUCUGUUCCCCCAAUAUCUACCUCUUUGCCGCAAUGAUUUCUGCUUACGCUUCCCACUCCGACCCCCGAUCCGCCUUUACAUUGUACCGCAAUAUGCUUCGUCGGGGACACCCUGGACCCAACCAGUUUAUCUAUCCCCAUGUCUUGAAAUCUUGUUAUGAGGUAUUAGAGUCCCGUGGCACGAACUUGGUGCAUACCCAGAUAGUGAAAACGGGGUUUGGGGGACACCCAGUUGUGCAAACCGCUCUUGUUGAUUUAUACUCCAAGUCUCGUCACGAUAUUCACAUAGCGAGAAAAAUGUUUGAUGAAAUGUCUGAGAAAAAUGUCAUUUCUUGGACGGCUAUGAUUUCUGGAUAUACUAGACAUGGGGAUAUUGAGAGUGCCAUGUCUCUAUUCGAGAAUAUGCCAGAAAGAGAUGUUCCGUCUUGGAAUUCUGUAAUUGCAGGUUGCACACAGAAUGGUUUGUUCUCAGAGGCAAUUUCACUAUUUAAAAGAAUGAUCUUUCUCGCGCAGGAAGGGCAGAGUCGGGAUAUUAGGCCGAAUCAUAUUUCGGUUGUGUGCGCUCUCUCAGCUUGUGGACAUAGUGGCAUGCUCCAGCUUGGGAAAUGGAUCCAUGGUUAUGUUUACAGAAAUGGACUUGGUCCAGAUUCAUUUAUUUUAAAUGCACUGGUAGAUAUGUAUGGGAAAUGUGGCAACUUGAAAGAGGCUAAAAGGCUUUUUGACAUGACUUCACAAAAAGGCUUAACUUCUUGGAAUUCCAUGAUCAACUGUUAUGCUCUCCAUGGCCAAAGCAAGAACGCAAUUGAUGUAUUUGAGGAGAUGAUACACUGCAAUAAUGAGAUAAGACCAGAUGAGGUUGCUUUUGUCGGCUUAUUGAAUGCAUGUACUCAUGGAGGCUUGGUUGAAAAGGGAAUUGCAUUUUUUGAUACGAUGGCCAAGGAUUAUGGUAUUCAGCCUCAGAUUGAACACUACGGUUGCUUGGUUGACCUUCUUGGUCGAGCAGGUCAAUUUGAUGAAGCUAUGAAUGUUGUGGGGGGAAUGAGAAUUGAAGCCGACGAGGUUAUAUGGGGUUCUUUGCUCAAUGGAUGUAAAAUUUAUGGACGUACAGAUCUGGCAGAAUUUGCAGUAAAAAAAUUAAUAGAAAUUGAUCCAAUCAAUGGUGGUUCUGAUAGUUUGUUGGCCAAUAUAUAUGGGGAGAUGGGGAAGUGGGACGAAGUUCGGAAAGCAAGGAAGAUGUUGAAGGAUCGGAAUGCUUAUAAAACUCCAGGUUGUAGUUGGAUUGAGGUCAAUGAACAAGCUUAUCAGUUCUAUUCUGCUGAUAAAACACAUCCCAGAACAGAAGAGAUAUUAAAAAUCUUGGAAAGCCUUGUUGGUUUUGUCAGUUCCACUUCAGGCUAGAAAUCCUAAUUCUCCAACUCCACUUGCACACUUGCAGCUAUUUAUCCACCUUGAAGUGAAAUGUCCAUUUCAUUUUUGUGAUUUGAUGGUCUAAGACUAUUGGUAUUUCAAGUCUUAAUUGAUUUUUGGGGAGAAUGAAGUUUUUUAUAAAGAAAAAAAAAAAAAAAGGCUUUUUUCUUUUUC